UUGAAUGUUCAUAGGGUCUAUAGGGCUACAUUUCUUUCAGUUUCGGCUUUGGUCGAGAACGAAGACGGUACAUGGGGUUGGAGAAAAGUGACAUUGGAAGAAUAUCUCCGAGCAACACCUAAAGAACGCGAGGAAAUGGGAUGGUGGUAUGGUGGCCUCGAGAAUCUCGAGGCCGAAAUGGAGGAAGCAAUCAAGAGAGCAGAUUGGCAUUCCUAUGCCUGGGUCCAACGACAUAGCAAAAAAUGUCCUCAUUGCCAAAUCCCAAUACAGAGAGAAUAUGGAUGCAACAAGAUGACGUGCUCCAUGUGUAAAACUUCUUUCUGUUGGAAUUGUGACAAAAUUCUAGAUAAACAAAAUCCCUAUGGUCAUUUCCAGGCUGGGGUACGUUCAGCACACGUGUUUUAA